AGCGAUGUGUUCUGAAAUGGUGCAAUACAAGUGCAAAACGUGUAAGAAAUAAGUUAUUAAGGAAACUAUUGUAAAAUUUGAAAACAAUAGUAUAUAUAUUUGAAUAUCAUAAAAACAAAUUUUGUCUGAUAUAAAUAUUUUGUAAAAGAUAAAUUAUAAAGAAAAAAUUGUAUCUAAAAUUAUUUUGACAAUUAUUUUCAAUAAGAAAAGAGGUUAUGGCAAAACACUUAGUACAAAUAAUAAUAAUGGGAACGCAAGUCGUGUUUAGAGCAUUCGCACGAGCAUUGCGAGAAGAAAUUGCGGCAAGUCAAGCAGCUGCACGUAAAACAGGCGGUGGGACACGAGGUGCUCAACAUGCUGCAACAAAUUAUAAAACUGGUAUUUCUUUAGAAGAAGCAUUACAGAUUUUAAAUGUUGAACGAGUGGACCAAAUAGAAGCCAUUGAACGUAACUAUAAACAUCUCAUGGAAGUUAAUGACAGAUCAAAAGGUGGUUCAUUUUAUAUUCAAUCAAAAAUUGUACGUGCUAAAGAACGCAUUGAUGAAGAAAUAAAAAAUGUGAAAGUUCCUCCUCCGAAUAGAAACUCCGAACAAAACGCGUCAAGACGACUUUAACUUAUUUUUAUGUAGUCUAAAUUUAAUUGAUAUAACUUUGAAGUCUGUAUAUAUGCUUGUAAUGAUAUUUUAAUUGCAAAUAAAAUAUAAAAAUAUAAAAUAAUAAA